UAUAAUGAAGUGAGGCAGGCUCUUGGCUUCCUUGUUACUGUAGCAUCAACAGAAAAAGAAUUCUCAAUGCUUGGAAACAUCAAACUAGAAAUUCAGAAUGUAAUGAAUGAUUUCUUCCCAGGUUUAAAUCAAAGUGAAUUUAUCCAGUCAUAUGCACUCUGUCCAAAAUGUUACAUUUGGAAUGAAAACAUGAAGGAUAAUAUUCUAAAAACUGCUGACCAUUUUUAUAUGGAACAUUGUGCCUUUGCUUUAGCAACUAAAAGUGCUGUUCACUGUAAGAACGCUGGUGUGAUUCCAAAUGAAGAUAUAGUUCCUGACUUGAUGCUAAUUCAUAUUCCAAAAAAAUUCCACAUUGAUUCCAAAAUUGUGAGGCAGUCAAGUUAUAUUGCCAGUGGCACCAGUGGCUCUGUUUAUGCUGGGAAAUACUGUGGUGUUGAUGUUGCUAUCAAGUAUUUUGGUUCUUCCGUCAAAUUUAAACCCUCUGAUAAAUGUAGUCAAACAUCUAAGUCAGAAUUCGACAAAAACGUCAUUGAUCAGGAAGAUUUCUCUUUAUAUUCAGAUAGCUAUUUCCAAGGAAAAUCAGCUCUGUGUAAUCUACAAGAAAUGCAACAUGAAGUAACACUGUUAAGUAACUUAAACCAUCCUUGUAUCAUCUCCAUGUUUGGCUUCUCAAUCAGUCCUAUGUGCAUGUUGAUGGAACUAGCACCUCUUCGCAGCCUUCGUCAUGUCAUCAACUCACAACUAAAGAAACACAAAGGAGAAACAAUUCUCUUUCCUAAAUUGCUAUGUUAUAGAAUUCUCUUCCAGGUGGCCAGAGGACUAUCAUAUCUUCAUAGAAAACACAUUAUUUAUGGAGACUUGAAAUCAGACAAUAUCUUAACCUGGACUUUGAGUUUAGAUGCUGAUGUCAAUGUGAAGCUUUCUGACUAUAAUUUCUCACAAUACGCUACACCAAAAGGACUGAAAAAAAUGCUUGGAACCCCUGGAUAUCAAGCACCAGAAAUUUUACAGAGAUAUUCAUUUGACAACUGUGUUGAUAUUUAUUCCUGGAGCAUUGUGGCAUAUGAAAUUUUAACUGGAUGUAGACCUUUUGAAAAACUAAACUUUGUAUCAGAAAUUGCAGCUGCUGUUCUUGAUAAUAAAAGACCAAUGAUUAAGGGCCGUUCAUUUUUCUGGCUGUGGGAAGGCGUUGAAUCUAAAAGGGUCUAUCAUAUUUUAGAUUGCCACACACAGAGCCAUCUUCACUCAGUUUCUAGUGCUGGUUUCCAAGUGACAUGCAGUACCAGUAUCAAGAAUGAGGUUUACAUUGGGGCAAAGAGUGGAGAAAUAGGAAUGAUUGUCAAUGAAAUGAGUAAUCUACGUAUACUGCCUGUUUUCAGCAUUUCAGAAGUACCUGUCUUUAUGAUUUCAAAUCCAAAGCUGAAGGAAAUCUAUAUAGGCACAAAUAAUGGCAUCCUGCAUAUUCAGAGACAAGAGUUAAAUCCCAGAAAGGUACAGUACUGGAAAGGAGUCGAGGCUAUUCAACUGGGUACUUCAACUCCAAUAACCAGCAUGCUACUGGUCAAUUUGCCAAACUAUUCUGAACUAUGGGUUGGAUGUGGUACACAGAUCAGCAUAAUUUCAAUUGACACAAGGAAAAUCAAAUGUUCAUUCAGUUCGCAAGUUACUGACAAAGCAUCAAAAAUAAUGGACCUUAAAUAUAGUGAAAACAACAAAGAACAAAGAGUCUUUCAUUAUUUGGAAGGCUUAGCUUCCAUCUUAGAGUACAAUGCCUGCACAUAUUCUUUAAUAGCAGUAUACUAUGUUGGAAUUUUCACACUGGGAAGAAGAAUUGUACAACAGCAGCAAACAUCACGAAAAUCGUUGAGCAAAUCACUGAAGAUGAGCAUGAACCUGAGUUUUGAAAAUGAAGACAAAGACAAUACUCAUGAAAAUCCAAUAUGUUGCAUCACUUCAAUAGCCAUUAUAGAUAAUACUCUUUGGGUAGGAAGAAAUCUAGGUGAUAUUGGCAUCAUUAAUCUUGACUCUACCCAUCCACAUUUCCAGAAAGGAGAAGUUUUAGCCACAAUAAGUACUGAUUAUUUGUUGCCAUCUACAGAAACGCCCACCGCAAUACAAUGCAUCACUGAAAAUGACGAAACAUCUGUUUUUUCACUUGUACAAGUUUUGAAGAAUAAGAAUGAAGAAAAUAUAACUAAAGUAGUGUUUUGGGAAAAAUAUCAACUGCGUGAACUUUAUCAAUUUCAGAAACAUUUAGCAGGUAUACAGGGUGCUGAAAAAGCAUAUUCUCUUCCAUUUAAAAGAUCAAGUUGAUGGGUUGAAAGGAGUACCUUUGCAUAAAAUAUAGUAAAGCAAAAGUAGUCGACACAAAAUACAUAUAUAUAUAUAUAUAUAUAUAGAUUUUAUUAUAAACAAUACCAUGGCAAAAUUCUACAUUGCUCAUAAGUAUCAUGAAAUUCUGAAGGAAUAUUCUCAUGAGUCAAGCCAUCAACCAAACUCAUCUGUAAGAAAAACAUCACUUAAAAAAAAAAAAUUCAAAAAUGGAUUAAGGCAAUUUACCACAGACAAAAUGCAAAUUUAUAAUUAAAAAAAAAAAAUUAUCAAAAUAUUUAUUUUUAGAAAGAUUCAUGGACAUUUCUUUUUUCCACUCCAAGCAGCCUUAACAAGACGAAGAAAAAAAAGAUUCUAUCAUUUUGUGACUAUAUAUUUUCGUUUUUUUAAUUUUUUUAUUCACUCAAAAUAAAUGUUUGUAUACAACUUA